AUGGCAGCUAGGAUGAGAUCUCUCGUGGAAAUCAUAGAAGACACUGAGGAAGAUGGGCUAGAUGAAAAUCCUAUAUUUGACACCUUCGACCAAGACAACCUGGAUAUUAGCAUUGGAGAUGAAAGAAUCAAUAAGAAUUUGCUUGAAAAAUAUGUAGAUAUCACCCAGAAAAAAGCUUCCAUUUGCAAUAAAUUAUUUGAAGAGAAGAUUGUACAUCAAAGUUCAUAAUCACAGGAAGAGCCACCUCUAAGAAUAGUUAACUAUGAUAAGAAUAAGUACUAUCACUAGCAAUAGUUGAUCACCGGAGAAUUCUUAAAGCAGAAUGGCUGUAUUUAGCUAGGAAGAAUCAGUCCUUCUAAAAGCUAAAAUCUAUUGCAAAGUCAAAAACUAAGCUAUCAAUCUCUUCCAAACCCUUCUCCAAUUCCAAUGCCUAUGCAAUAAAUUAGUAAUCAUUUUCAGCAAGCUAAGAACAGUAGUAACAUAUCAAUAUUUGAUCAAUCUAAGUUGAGCACAUCACAGAUUGAUAAUGCAAGUACCAAAAGUAUGAUUCAAAGCACAAGAACAUUUCAUAGCGUAUUGAAUGGCACUAGUAAUCACAAUAGCAGUAUAAAUCACAAUACAAUCAAUAACUCAAAAAUUAAGAAGAACUAUUAGGCACAUUUUCAAAGAUUGGGUUCUCUCAAGAAUACAUUUUCAACUUACAGUAGCAUGCCAAAGUCAGUAUUACAAAAUCAAUAAAAUAUCUCUUAAAAGGAAAACAGAGCUGACUCCUCGAAUGUACUUAAUUCACAUUUCGAUUCAUUUAUUUAAGAUCAAGAAAAAUACAUAAAAAAGCCUUCACAUAAUUAGAAGAUAGAAGUAUAAAGGCCUAAAACAUAAACAGGUUAUCAUCAUAAAAUGACCUCAAUGUAUCAAUAUAAUACGCUCUCCCGUGAAAACUCCAAAGAAAGAUAUAGCUAGCGUUACCCCUUUUAACUAUAAGAUCGCUUAAAUGAGAGUUAAAAUUUGAGACAUUCUAGUUAAUCGUAGAAUGAGCUUUCUUCAAGAUUAGUUUAGCAUAAGGAUAGAGUAAGCUAAAAGAUUGCUUUACUUCAAGAAGACUAAGAAGAGCAGGUUAUGAAGGAAUGCUCUUUCACACCACAUUUCGUAAACAGCAAAUCCCACACCUCAAAGAUUCAAUUUCCAAAUAAGAACUAUUCAUCUACAGUUUAAAAUAGCCCCUAGGCAUAGCUUAAUGGAAAUAAUAGCAGAUGCAAUAGUAGUUUAAUGCCAAGAAGUCCUAAGCAGUUCUAUGAUGACUAGCUUUAGUAUUAGGAAAAAACUAUGAAGAAAUUAUUGUAUAAAUUUCAAGAAUAAUUAGUUGAAGAAUAGAAAGAUCUGGAUAAGGUGUAAUUAGUAUGCAAAGGUUCAGAGAGAAUAUUAGCAUAAAGAAAAGCCUGUUCAAAUAGCUUGUCCCCAACUAGUGUUUAUGACAGACUAUAUAGAUAGGAGGAUAAGAAAGAAAAAAUGUAGAGUAGGUAAUUGUCUCCUGAGUUCACAUUUCAGCCAUAGAUCUUGAGUGCAACUGGUCUUUUAGACAGAGAUCAUAAAAAGGUUGAAGACAUAUUGUACUGUGAUGCACUAAGAAGACAAAAAGAGAGAUAGCUCUCUAUUGAAUUAAGAGAAUAAGAAAUUUAAGAGUUGUCUUAGAUUACUAGCAUAGGAGUACUACCCAAAUCAGAGAAAUAUCUUCAGUAGCCAUUUGAAAGAGAAUUUAAAUAUGCAGUCUAAGCCAUGUUUGGGAGGAUACAGGACUUUGACUUUCAUUAGGUAGAUCUUAAAUAAAUUGAAGAAAUCAUGGCAAGUUUAGGUUUUAUUCGGGAUAAUACUGAUAGAAUAGAGUUAUUAAAACUUUGGGAGUAUAUAGGCCAUAAAGAAUCUAGUCUUGGUUGCUCCUACAUAUAUUUAGAUUAGCUUUUCAAUAUUUUGCUAAACAUUCAAAAUAUCCGGGGUAAAACUGAUUACAAGGAGUGCAGGAAGAUCCAUUAUAAAUUUGCCAGAUUUUACAAAAAUCGUGAGCAAUUUGUAAAAAUAAUAAAGAAAAAGACAGUUGAAACACCAAAGAGUCAUACUAUGGCCAAGCCUAUGAUAAACCCGCUGUCAAGAAUAAUAUCUGAGAGUUAGGACUAAAAGUCACUCGUAAAGAAUAGACAUGAUUAACUUAUUCUGAAAGGUAGGGAGUAUGAAAAGAGGAGGUAGGAUCAAUCUCUGGCAAGUUUAGAGAGGCAGAUCAAGGACUGCACCUUCAAGCCAGAAUUGAACAUUAAAAGGAAUAGGUCACCUAAUUCUUAAAAUCUUAUUCAAAAAAGAUCAGUACUUGGCGAGAUAUCUUUGAGCAAUAAAGUUGGUAGCUAUGGAAGUAAUAUAAGUAAAAAGAGUGAAGGUUAGAGUAAAGUGACUAAUAAGGAGAUAAUAGAAAGUAUAUCAAGAGUAAUGAUGAAAGGAAACUAUAUCAUGAAUAACAGCAAUAAAAGAACUGGCUAGAAUAAAGUGAGUAGCAUGCUGAGGAAAAGUAUGAAAGAAAACUUGCCUGAAAAUCUGAACUUCAAUAACCUAGCAGAAAAUGUUAAGAGUACAAUGGCAUCAAUGCAAUCUUAAUAAGUGAGUCAGAGAGCUUCUGAGAACCCAAAGCCUCCUGUUGAAAUCGAUAAUCCUUUGGUUUAUCUUGAUAUACAUAUAAAUAAGGAGCAGGUAGACAGAAUCACACUAUACAAGGGACAGAACCCAGAUGAAGUCAUUCAUAGAUUCGCCAUGAAAAACUUCUUAACAAACUCAGAUGUAGAGAUCAUCAAAAGAGCCUUGAAAAGUUAAGUCCCAGAGGCCUUUGACCAAAAUUGA